AGGAAUGAUAUCAAAAGUUGCAUGGCAAGUCGUCAAAGUAAAACCUGGCGAUGGUUCAAAAUUUAUUUUGUCCUCCUCCGGAAUUUUAAAUCAAGAGAAACCUCAAGUUACCAUCAAUGAAGACAUGAUUCGUGUCGACGUAACCACUACAAGUGGCCGAAUACAAACUGACUUCCAUUUGAAAAUAUCUCCCAAAGCUGAUGUUUUGAAAAGACCAACAAAGAAAGGAUUAGCUUCAAUGAAUGUUAUUAUGGUCGGUUUGGAUUCAACAGCACAUUCACACUUUCAAAGAAAACUGAGAAAAGUUUACAAAUUUUUGAAAGAUGAUUUAAAGUCGUUUAUAUUUAAUGGCUACUCAAUCGUAGGCGAUGGUACUACUCCUGCUUUGUUGGCGUUACUCACUGGAAAGAAAGAGGAAGAGCUACCUGAAGGACGACACAGGUAAUCAACACAGUUCAAGUUUUUGUCAUUAUUUGUUUAAAAGAUCUUUGCACCGGUGACGGACACUUCCCAAAUAUCUGAGGAGAUGGGGGGGGGGGGGGGGGGGGCAGGCUUUUAGCCAGAAGAACAAAAAAUGGACGCCUUUGGACGCCCAAAUUCUGGGGAAAAAGGGAAAUUAUUUUCAAUUAUUUCCCUAAGUAUAUUAAUAUAUCUGAAACGAGAUAGCUUCAAUUCUUAUUAUAAUUGUACGUUUGACAUUUUGCUCAAUUUGAUGGUGUACCUGGCUGAAUGAAAAUGCCAUAGUUAAGUAAAGAACUAAAAAAAGCAUAAUGGCACAAACUCACAAAGCCAUGUGUGUUUGAAAAAUUUCGAACGAGCUUGGAACAGAUACUGACAUGAAGUAACGUAAAUUUGCCUUUAAUUUUAUAGCCUGCCAAUACUUUCAUUGUUGUUAAUUUAUUGUUACAACUUUUUUACACAUUUUGUCAGCUACUAUUGAAAGUCACUGAUUUGUACCCAAUCACGUUUUAACGAUUAGGUCGUAUGUAUAAUCAUGUAAACCGUAUACAAAUGUAUCUAUUCGUAUACGCAAACUAGUUACAAACAUUACCACUAAUAGUUGUUUCUGUUUCAACCAUGAGUGCUUGUUUGCAUAUGACAUGUACAAUGUCAGAUUUUCGUCGUUGAACAAAAAAACGGAAUACUUCAGUGAGCAGAAUGCAGCCAUAACAUAUAAAAUGAGUGAGCAAAUUAACUAAUUAAGAUUGCAUCACCACUCAUUAACAUAUCUAAAGUUGCUUAUUGACAAAGUCCCGACGGCAUAAUGCUCCAGUGGUGGAUUUAUAGGGGGUUGUACAGGGUGUACACUCCUGUUGGCCUUGAUUAACAGGGGGGGGGGGUGCAAAAAAUUAAAUAUAUAUCUUAGAUGUUUGAGGUAUUCAAAGUUUUUAUCAUUCUUUGACUAAUUUAAGUUUUGGAAUUCAAGGCAGCACCAUAGCACUAGUUCAAAAUACUAAUAAGUCCAAUUAAUAAAGCAAAUUCUUAAUUGGAAUUCUUAAUUCAAAUUCUUGGGUUGAAUUAAGCAAAUUCUUAAUUCUGCUGGAAACGUCUAACAUUACAAGUAUUUGAUAAUGAAGAGAAUCUGGGAUUUAUAUUAUAUAUAAUUAUUAAUUAAUUAUAGUUUUUCGUUUUACCUCAAAAAACGAAAAACUAUAUUACGCUGUAUCUAUAUGGUAUUGAGCACUGUUUGUGUUUCGUAAACCAAAAACUAAUUAUUAAAUUAUAUAUAUUCAACAUAUCUGUGAAUUGUAACCGAGAAACUACUAGGUGCACGGCUCUCAUGACAGUACGCUGCUAGCCAGCGCUGGGUUCGGUGUGCUUGGCUGCUUGCCCAGCACCCCCCUAGAAAAACCUUGCUGGAUCCACCACUGUAAUACUCAACAGAGCUUCUUACUUAAAUAAGGUGAUAAACAUUAAAAACUACUUUGGUUUGCACUGGUGGGAGGUUUAUAUACAACUGAUGAUUAGAUGCAUGAACUGAUUCUGCUAAAUGUUAAGAUUAAUAUACUACAGUAUAUAUACAAAAGGCAAUGGCGUUACAUUUGUUCAACUAUUACGGAGAUGUUAAAUUGUUUGCCCUUCGUCCCAGUGAAAGAGUUCCUAAGGUCGAGUGCAGUACCAAUUCUUUAUCUAAGGCUUACCGUGACUCUUUAAUAUGUGUUUGCGUCGACUCUCUUUCUGAAAUAUGCACGCACUAGCUCUUCAGUAAAUAAGCCUUCGCACAUUUUAGCCCAUUCUAUCAUUUCUUGAAACUGGCAAUCUUCGGCUCUUCGUUUUGCUUUCCUACAGUAGUUAUUAAGAGCUUCCUUUAAAUAAUGAGUGGACUGAUCAUUGUGCACUUGAGAAUGUCGGUAGUUAAGAAUAGACAGUACGUUGUUGAACUGGAUCUCACGGUAACAAGCGAGAGCACCUUCGUCCGCGAUAGACUGCUCAACGACCGUGAUACUGGACUUCGCUCUGUCUAGAUCCACGUCUUUCAGAUCUUUUGAAACUGAAUUCCCAGAAAAUGAACAGCCAAGUUGUUGCUGAGCCAAAUUGACAUGCGCUUUUCCUUCAAGGUCUGUCUUGACGACAUUGGGUUUCUGUACGUUCUGUAGAUGUUCCAACGCUUUCUCGCACAGUACCUUUGGAGACACUUGAUUUAGUUGUUGAUCAUUUCCCAUGGUAGAAGAAGUUGCCACAAGAACGAGUAGUGAAGCAGAAAUUAUUCCUUGCGGAAUUAAUUCCACCAUUGACAAAGCCCCAGCCAGGAUGUCCAUGUUGAGAUUUCCUUGAGCUCGUUGUAAGGCAAUCUCCAGAUACAAACCAAUUGCUUCAAAAAUCGUAGUGUCUUUUUCACUUGUGGGCAAAGUUUGGUAAAACUUGUCGAGAAAAUGUCUAGCUCUUCCGAAAUAACUUCGUCGGCACCAUGUUAUAAUUCGCUUAGAGAGCACAAUCAACUGAAUCUCAACAUGCUCGGGAAAUGUCUCUUCAACAUAUUCUGCACCUUUUGAAAAGAGUGUCCAUUGUGCAUUGUUAAUAGCCUCCAUUAAGUAUGUGUCAGUAUUGGUACAACGUCGUUCUGUCCCAGCUGAACUCCAUGUAAUCCGUUGAACUGUUCCAGGAAUUUCCUCUUUCCGAUCUGCCUCGUCAAGUUUCAACGCCUUCUUCAAUGUAAGAAACGGCAUCUUCUUAACUUUGCCCUCCACCAUUUCAUAACAUUCUGGUUCCUCAGUGAACACGCCACCCAGGCAAGGAGAGAUGUAUAUCACAAUCACAAAGGUUGAUGGGAUAACCUCGGAGUUUUCAUCUCCCACUGGCUCGAAGAAUAUUUCCCAGUGUACCCCACGUUUUGGUUUACCAAUCUGCUGAGGCCAGACCAUUUUGUUCAUGGACUUUUCAACUUUCUUUGUUAUAUCGGGGAUGCUGUCUGCAUUCGGAAUCCACUCUCCUUCAACGACGCCAUCAUCUGUGACACCAUAGUAGAUAUUACCUCCCUUGUAAUUUGCAAACGCAGAAACAUAAUGACUGAAUUUAUUGCCUUUACCAGUCAUACGGUCCGCUAGUGUGGUACACUUUGAUGAAGUUGAUUUCAGGCUUUUUACUUGAACACACUUUCCUUCACGUAAACGACAGUCUUUUCUCUUGACAAAUCUUUUGCAAUGAGAAUCAAGCUUUGUUCCGUUUCGUACGACUUCUCGUCUUAAAAUCGCAUCAUUUAUUCGCUGUAGCGGUUCCAGAGGGCUAACAAGAACAACUUGUGUUUCGGUCGGCAAAAAGAGAUUGUAGCUCUGUAUAAUCAUAACAUCGGCUCUCUUAACUUCAACUAUUAUCUUGUUAAUGUACUGUUUAAGAUUGAUGUUGGCUGAUGUUGUUUGAAUCCCUGCGGUGCCUACCAGAUACUGCUCAAUUUUUCGAGUAAAACUUCUCAUUAUCUUUGUCCUUGAAACAUUUAUUAAAAGACUCGUCUCUUUUGGGUUGGUAAAGUAUAACUUCACCUUCCCGCCCUCACUGUUAAGCAUUGCUUGUAUGGCAGUUACAGUUUCCUUCAACUUUUGUCUCUCGUUCUCAAUUUUGUCGGACUUCAAACAUACUAAAUUUACAGAGAUCUGAAUAUAACCUGUGGCAUUGCCACGUCCAUGAGAAGUCAUGUUUUUAGAAAUUGGAUGAUUUGAUGAUGUACGCGGCUACCUGCACCAACUGGUCACAAGUUAAUACCUUAAUAAUAGACGAAAAGCAUGUGAAAGUCACCUAAAGUGUUCUGUUUGUUCUUACUUUAGACACUUUAGUGUGUCUCAGCUUCUGGAAAUGAGUUACAUCAGAUACUGUUAUGUAUAAUCGUCUAAUGAAUUUGAACUACAACGGGUGUUAUUGUGUGCCGCGUUUUAAAAAACACCGUGAUUGUAUUACAAUUUUUAGUCGAUUAAGAAUAACAAUUGUGACCCAGACUGCUAAGUUUGCCAUGUGCGCCAAUAGAAGUUUAGAACGUCAAUAGUUUAAUUUGAUUGAAUCCCUGACGGUGGGUACCGUUGCCAGUGUAGGUAUAGUGAUUAAAAUAACAAGGCCGUCGGAAUUAAAUCAAUUUUUUGGGGGGGAGGCUCAAGAAUAAAUCUAAAUUUCUCUCGCACUUUUCUAGUUCUUUUGUGUGUUUUGCUUAUACAAAUGGAAAUUAUUUGGGGGGGGGGGCUUGAGCCCAGCCCCCCGCUUCCGACGCCCUUGAAUAACAAAAUAAUCUGUAGGGGAUACAAUGAUAUAACGUUAACGAUAACGAUAACGAUAGCUCAAGAUGAGCUAGAUCAUCUUAACUGAACAUGUCCGGAAUGUAUAUGGUGACAUGUACGAAAUAUUAAUGACUGCUAAAUUAUUUCAGGACAUAGUCGGCAAAGUGUUUGAUUUAUUGGUAGAAUUUCGAGAUUAAGAUAGGGUUAAAGGCCCAUGAAAAUAUUAGGUGACUCAAGCAUAAUUAAGAACUAUUUAAAGUUACAAUUUGAACCUUUUUGCCACAAGGAGUAGCUAGUAUUAAGUUGAAAUUGAACAAAACAAAACAAAAAGUGCGGGAAAAUUAGUCUUGACUGAGUCUGUCGUGCAAUGAAUACUCAGCGACAUGCAUGACCAUUUUUCUGUACAAUUUCCAAUCGUGUUGGUAACAGUCAUAAUUAUUAACCUCCAUUGUGUGGACCGUGCCUCGGGUGACACCUAUAAUCAUUUUGAAUUUUCCAACAAAAUUAAUGGCGUCAGUCAAGCUCGAGUGAAGAACGCAGUAUUCACAAUAUUGUAUAAAAAGGGCAGUCGUUCUGUACUUUUGUUUUACAUUGCAUUGUUUUUACAUUUUACUUUUGUUUUUGCAUUGAAUAGACCGUCAAAAUGGUCUAUUCAAUGCAACUUCAUUUAGCCAAAUUCAUUAGCCCAUCAUUGGGAAGCUCCAUACUCCAUUUUUUGAAGAAAAGUAAUUUGAAAUUGAAACAAAAACGGCGUCCCCCGUAACUGAAAUUUUAUGUCAGGACGAAAUUUUCAGAAAAACUCGUUUAUAAUCGUCCCACACAAUUUAGGCGCCGAAAAUACGCCGCCUAAAAGAUGUCUGUUUUCGACCACUAAAUAGCUGUAUUUCAACAAGGAAUUAAGGAAAAAAGCUAAAAACUUUCAACAAUACUUAAAAUUUAAUACAAAACAUGUUUCCGGAAAGUAGAGCAUGCAGUUUUAAAGUUAUUUUCUCCGGAGUCAAAGUGCGAAGUUUUUUUCGGCACGUUCAAACUUGUGUAAUAUUUUGAAUAUCAAACUGUUACCCAGGACGUUUUUGCUGCAUGUUAGUGGAUGUAAAAUACUUAGAACUAUCCAGGAAACCAGGUUUGAAUCUUUAAAGUUGAAGCCUUUUGAUUAAAAACGUUUCUUGCUGAUUUUCGCUCAAAAACAAACUUUUGACUGAAUUUCCCGCUCCUCGAAACUCUCCAUAGUCCUUUUGAAAGUUAAUUUAUUGCUCGCUGAGCUUCGCGAGAAGCGCCAUCAUGGCUUCGGACAAGUAUGGGCAUGUUUACCUGCAGUUAGCGUUCCAGUGUUAUUACAGUUCACUGGAGACGGCUGGGUAUGCGGGCUCAUGAACAGGCAGGCCCUUCGGAUAAAAGGUGGAUGUGGAUGGGCGGUUGGGCGGAGGAAAUAUGGGUACGUAUUAAAUGUGGGUAUGGGGAUAAAACGCGGAUCUUAUAUCCGAUUGGCGUUUUAACCUCUUGUCUGCUCCACCGGUCCGUGCAUGCGCAUCCACUCUUUACCAUAAACCCAUGCAAUUUUCAACAAAGAGAGCAGUGAAGUGUGCGAACAAGUUAUGGCAUGCUACAAGUUACACUGGAAUUAGAAGCACGCACAAAUAACACGAAUUUGCUUAGUAAACAACAUAUUUCGGUAAUUGUGCAUUUAAAUGAAAUCAAACGAAAUUGGAAUUGGAUAUAAAAGCGGUUAUAUUUUCAAUUACCCGAAGAAGGAAUUAUAGUUUUCGUACAUAGAUCAAGGUUAAACACUACUACUCAGAACUGUGGCAUGCUACAAGUUACAUGCUACAAGCUACACUGGAAUUAGAAGCACGCACAUAUAACACGAAUUUGCUUAGUAAACAACAUAUUUCGGUAAUUGUGCAUUUAAAUGAAAUCAAACGAAAUUGGAAUUGGAUAUAAAACCGGUUAUAUUUUCAAUUACCCGAAGAAGGAAUUAUAGUUUUCGUACAUAGAUCAAGGUUAAACACUGCUACUCAGAACUGUUUAAAUUAACUAAAGCCCCGCUCAAACGAGAAUAAGAGUUGAUGAGAGUUGGCGAUCAGUUCAAAGUCUAUGUCUAUAGAGUAUAGUUUGACAAAAUAAAGGUUUAAAAAGCGUUCCAAGUACGUUUUAAUUUAAAUAAUAUACACGAUAUGCAUGGUCGCGUGACUGCCAACUUUCAUACACUCUAAUCCUCGUUUGAUCUGGGUUUAAGGCUAUGGUUAAUGCUCGGGUUAGUUAUCGGAAUAAACGCUGACAACCAAACAUUAACAUUGUGCAAACCACAACUCUAUGACUAUGGUUUUCCAAUAUGUGUGAAACCAGGAUGUGACGUCUUAUGGUGUUAUACUAUACCCUUAACAUACCUGUAUGACUGUAUCCUUUGAAUGUGUAAGUUUUCAGAACCUUGGAUUCUAAUGCAUCUGUUUCGAUGACGACGUUGUUUUGUUUCUAAAAAGGAUAGUGUCUUGUGAUGUGAGGGGUUUUCCCAUAGAAAUAUUAGACCAUUGUCUAUUAUUUCUAUGGGUUUUGUAUAUCAAGAUUUUUGCGGGAGAAGUAUAUCAAGAUAUUUGUGGCAUCUCACUCGGAUGAAUAAUAUUUGAUGGGGAUCGAGUGGAAAUUUAUAUAUACAUUUAUUAGACCUAACCAGGAACAGAAGCGAAAAAUGCAACUUUAGGUCCCUGGCAGGAAUUGAACCUGCGGCCCUGCGAUUCCGGUGCAGUGUUCUAACCAACUGACACAGAAUACUACACAGAAGUCCAUCUCCAUUGUUUUUAGCGUAAGCUCUAUUCGUCAUGAUUCGUCACUCAGCAAGUACCGUAAACAGAAGCAGGCACCCCCCCUGGACAUACGCCAUUUUUAGUAUUUCCAGGAGGGGGACUGCUUCUGUUUACGGUACUUGCUGAGUGACGAAUCAUGACGAAUAGAGCUUACGCUAAAAACAAUGGAGAUGGACUUCUGUGUAGUAUUCUGUGCAACUGAGCUACAGAGGCCAGUUCUCGAGCUCUAACCACAAGUUCUUGCAUUUUUUUUUUUCAUUGCAGAUCCCAUUGUCACUCAUUGUUCUGACGUUUAUGCAGAGGGUUUAUUUUUGUGCAACCUAAGGUAUUUCAAUUUUUUUUCAGGAUGAAAGGUGCAAAAUGUCUUGAUGAUUGGCCGUGGAUCUUCAAAGAUUUCCAAAAGAAUGGCUACGUUACCAUGUUUAAUGAAGAUGAAGUUGAUCUCGGUGCAUUUACAUAUCGUUUAAUGGGAUUUUGUAAUCCUCCCAUGGAUCACUAUCUCCUGCCAUAUUGGUAUGCAGGUAUAAGUGCAGUGACAUCAUGGUUUAAGGUGGGUAUAGGAAGCUUGAAAGGACAUUGUAUAGGAUCACAAGCUAUUCAUAAUGUUAGUCUAGAAAUGGUACGAAGUAUGUAUGAAACAUAUCCUAAAACACCGAAAUUUGGAAUGACAUUCUUCUCAGACAUUUGUCACAGUCGGUUGAAUGAUUUAUCUUUGAUGGAAGAUGAUUUAGUCAGAUUUUUAAAACUAAUGAAAGAACGCCAUUACCUUGAUAAUACAAUCUUAGUUACAUUUGGUGAUCACGGUAUUCGCUUUGGUUCAAUACGAUCGACUGUCAUUGGUAAGAUGGAAGAACGUCUACCUUUUCUUUCCAUUACCCUUCCUGAUUGGUUCGAAAAUACAUAUCCAGAAUUUGUAGAAAAUCUUCGUGAAAAUAUUGAUGUACUAUCAUCACCACUAGAUGUCCAUGCAACAUUCCGUCAUGUCCUUUCAUAUCCAUCAGUACCCACAGAUGUUGGUUAUGGCAGAAGUCUGUUCACAAAACUUGGUGAGCGGGUGUGUAAGGAAACAGGGAUCCCCACUCAUUUCUGUCCUUGUAUGGAGUGGAAACCUGUCGAUGUAAAUCAUAACCAUAUUAAGAAAAGUGCACAGGCAAUUUUAGACUAUAUUAAUGGCCUCAUUAAGAAGGAGAAUUUGGUUGGUAAAUGUGCUCUGUUAGGUUUAAAAGAAAUUAAAUCAGCGGUUAAAGUAAUACCAAAUGAAGAUGUACAAACGUUUGAAAAGUCUGCGGACGAAGACGGAAGGAAAGCUUCACAAGGAACAAAACCCAAAGGUAAAUAUUUUAGUCUCCCGAAACGCAGACUGUGCUGUUUAUUGCACUUUUGCCCCAAUGGCCUCGUUUUCAUGUGAUUAUCUCAUGUUUCGUGCACAAUACGGUUAAGGAUAGGUUUGUUAUUCAGCUCAAAAUAAAAGAGAAACAUAUUCUUGCAAGAAACAUGGGGAUAUAACCUUCAUGUGCGGCUUGUGCGCCUGCCAUGCUAAAACAGGCAAACAUGAAAGUGUGGCCAUUGGGGCAAAAGUGCAAUAAUACUGUCUAUUGCAAGUAUUGACCGAAUUUUACGGUGUGCAGACAUUGCAUUUCGAGGUCUAUAUACUGCAUACGGUCAACGCGCAAAUCACUUGCGUGUGUUUUGACUCAGUCGCGCGUGCUCAUGAGUGUUGAAAGACGAGAUACCGUUUACUCUACCAUUAGCCACUCCUUUCACGCGACUAUUUGACGCAUCUAGUGUCAGUCAAAUGCUCUGAAAAUAGAAUUUAUCCUGUUAACGAGUCAGAACGAGUAAUUGAAACACGUGCAUGCAGCAUGCAAGUGAUUUGCGCGUACUCACUACUCGUGAGUACUCAAGGACUGGCUUCCUCCGCAGGCGACUCUGUUGGGUUCCCAAACGGCGAAAUUUUGUUAAAUCUCGGUACAAAUUGCGGUAAACCUCGAUCUAAAACUCAAAACAAACUUUCGACCGAGCAGGGUGGGACUGCAGAGGAGCCUUGUAAUCACUUUCAUGGAGUCUAAAUCCUUCAUAUCAUGCAAAAACCGAAUGUAGCGGCCGGCCGUAGGAAGCCAUUUUGUGUUGUGACAGAAUUCCUCACUCCUUCGGCAGCAAUCUCGUUACCAGGCUUUUCCCUCUUUUUCGUCACUGACAUGACGUCAUAGCGUUUAAUGUUAUUUUUUCAUAUCAACAUUAUGACGUCACUCCGUUCAAUAUUGUGUAAAAAACUCCAUAUUUGGUCAGCUAUUGAGUUGAUAUGACGUAAUGACGAUUUCACAGAUGACUGUUAGCCAAUCAGAAAUCAUGAAUUCUUUUAAAUAAAUAAUAAUAGGAUUUAAAUUCAGGAUGUUACUAUUGUUUAUUUUAGGCGUGUGUCAUUAUCAACUGCAGAUUGGUACAGUGCCAAAUAACGGUAUAUUCGAAGCAACAGUUCAGUUGAGUUCAGGAUCUGUAAUGGUAAAUAAACAAAUGAGCCGUAUUGAUAGAUAUGGAGAUCAACCUAAAUGUAUUGUGGAAACUCAUCAUCAUAUGAGAGAAUAUUGUUAUUGUCAAUGAGACUCUAAAGGCGCAACUCCAGUCCUCGCACGAAGCUCCUCGCAGCUCGCUGCGAGUGCUUGCAUCUAAUUAAAACUAACUCUUAAGAUUGUGAUUGGAUGAAAGUGCUCAUGCUCGCAGCGAGCUGCGAGGCGCUUCGUGCGAAGACUGGAAUUACGCCCUAAGAUGACGCACCAGUUCUCGUCAAACAAGAAUUAUUAAUUUAAUUUAAUUUAAUAGCUUAGCCCUUGUACAAAUAUUAAUUAUUAGUACAAGGCAGGGAAUCCGCAACAGCGCAAGCCAAUUACUGCGGCCCCUUUAAAACUUAACAACAACAAACAUAUUGAUAAUAUAUAGGAACGAGUUGUUUCCUUGUCCUCAGAGGCAAGUCAUAGUGUUGCAUCUUCCUCAAAAUCUCACUUUGGUUUGAGUGUUUGACCGUAAACUCGUCUUCCCCUAACUACUUCCAUAACUAAAAUUAACUAUAUGGUAAAAAGCGGGAUUUUUAUACGACAAAUGUACGAGAUGUACAUGUCAUAGCAUGUCCUGUUCUGCUGCCGUAGUUAAUAAAGUGAUGUUAAAGCCUAAUUCAACAAAUGAGAUGCCAGACGCUGCUGAGUACUGUAUUAUAAGACUUGUAACUUUGCAGAAUAAAAUUUUAGUAAAUUCAUAAUCAUAGAUACAAAUCAUAGUAUUUUUAGUUACUAUGGUAUUAGUUAUAAAAGUUGUUAUAGUUAUAAUAAGUAUUACUAAUAUAUUAUGGUAUUUUUUACGUGAAACCUUAUUUAACAAUUAUUCGCCGAAGGCGAGGUGAUUAUCAGUGAAUAAAAACCGAGACGAAGUCGAGGUUUUUAUUCACGAUAAUCACCGAGCCUGAGGUGAAUAAUUGUUUUAGUAUAAUUUCAUAGGUGAUUAUUUGGAAAAAAAUUAAAAAUGCACAUUUCUUCGUCUUUUAAUUGACAAAACGGCUUCGGCCGCCAUUUUGAAAAUCGCUUAGGUGAUUAUCGCGUAAUAAUCACCUCAACGGUAACCAAUCAGCGUGGAUAAUUUUCAAUAAUCACCUAUGUAAUUAUACUAAUAAUUAAUAAC